AUGAUUGUCAAUGAGUUAUUGACAGUUUUGUUUUGCGGCAUUGUUACAAUAACAUACGCCAAUUCUAAUGCAUAAUUGACUAGCUGUUUCAGGAAAUUGGCGAGUAAUGUGAUCACGGCAAUUCUACGAAGCCCCAUAAGCAGUAAUUGUAUAUUAUUAAACCACAAAGCAAUCGAAAUUUUUGUUUAGUUCCGACAUCAGUAAAUCGCUCAACCCGUACACCAAAAAUAUUAGAAUAAUGCUAAAACACUUGCCAAUCUAUGCCUGCGGUGAAAUUGUUCGCGGCUUUGGUCGUGGCUCCAAAGAACUAGGAAUACCAACAGCAAACCUCUCUCUGGAAGCGGUAAAGUCGCUGCCAGAUUCCCUGCAAACCGGAGUCUACUACGGCUGGGCAAACGUCAAUAACGGCGAUGUUCACAAAAUGGUACUUAGCAUAGGCUGGAAUCCAUUUUACCAAAACAAGGAAAAGAGUGUGGAAACUCAUAUCCUGCAUGACUUCAACUGUGAUUUGUACGGCCAAAUCUUAAAAAUAUGCAUAGCAGGCUAUUUGCGACCUGAGCAAAACUUUGACUCAUUGAAGGUUCUAAUUGACACUAUUAAAUCGGACAUUGAUAGUGCAAAAUCGCUCCUGGACACUGUGGAGAAUAAAAUGUUGCAAGGGAAUUCCUUUUUUACUAACAAAUUGGAGAAGUUUUUAAUAUGUUGAUAAUCACGGCAAUGUUAAUGUUAUCUUUAAAGUACUUUGAGUAUUCGAAUAGAGAUUCACGUACAUGACAAAUUGUAGCAAGUACUUAAGAUAUAUUUUUAUCUGGCAAUUAAAUGCAAUUAUUUUCAUCACGUAAA